GGGAAUGCAGCUGCUCCGGAAGUGCGCCAGGUAAGUAUCAACAGGACCUGCGAAGGAGAUCGUUGAAAAAGCGAGCAGGCUUGCAGCCCCCUUGCAGCCCCCUUUGUACGUGAACGUAAAUUGCAUUGGCGCUCGUUCUCUUUCGAGUGCGAAGUCGAGAAGGCUUCGAGGAGGCUUUACUUUUUGUGCAGCCUCCGGGUCGUUCUCUCUUGAACUCUGUGCAGGGGACGUGCACAUUUUUUUUUUGCCACGGCCAGCUUCGUGGAGGAGAGGGGGGGGGGAAGCAUAUUCCCACUAUUUGGCUGCUUUUGCUGAUAGUGGCGAAGGAGCUGUUUGUAACCGGCUCCACGUUCCGGUGCAGCCACAAGUGGAGUUUCAGAAAUGUCAGCCCCAUCCAUGAAAGAAAGAAAAGCCUGCUGGGGUGCCCGAGAUAUUUAUUGGAAAUGCUUAGAUGAAAAUAUGAAAGAUAUAUCAAAAUGUGACAAAUUGAGGUGCUCUUUUGAAAAUUCGUGCCCACAGCAAUGGGUUAAAUAUUUUAACAAAAGAAGAGAUUAUUUACAAUAUAAAGCACAAAUGGAAUCAGAACAAUUUCUGCCUUCAGAGAAAACAGAGAAGUCAUAGCAACUAGAGAACUUUUACAAUACUGGACACAAGGGAAGUUGCAGAAAAACAGCAUAAUUGCAGAACAUAAAUGCUGGCACCAACGAUGUCCCAUAAAUUUUAAGACCGGUUUUUGUUUAUAAAUCUCAUACUGGCCUGAAAGCUCCAGCUUCCAUUAUUUGAAAUGCUUAUUGGAGAGAAGAGGCACUUAGGAAAAUAUGCUUACCUUUCAACACUAAAAAAACUACACCAUCAAUAAAAUCAAAAUAAAUGAACUGUAUAAAUUCAAAUACUUGUAUCAUGUUUUCAUUGCAAAUACCCUCUUCCAGAUGUUUUCCCCAAUGUAACAGAAUGUCUAAUACAUUUCGGUGGUCCUUUGUCUAUUACAUCUUGAAGAAUAUAAUUAUCAACAGUAACACCCUUAAAUAUUUCAUUUUGGUAGAUUCAGAUAUAUGGGAGAUCACUUUGUUUAAUAUGUUGAAU